AUGGAGGACAUCAACAGUGUCGCCGUGCUAAUUGCCGCCGCCUCUUCCUCAUCCACGCCUUUGUCCGAAGCCCAAGAGCAACAGCACGUGGCGGACGCCCCCAAUUCUCUCAUCCAGGUCAUCGAGAAGCUGAGUAAAAUCGUAGAGAAGCGACCGCAGCGCCGCUGCACGCUAACGGGACAUAAAAGAGCCCAGGCGAGAGCGGACGGAGGGCCUCCCUACAAGAAGCCGAACGAGCGCGCGGAUGGCGACUUGAACAAUAACGAGGGCGAACACAAGCGCCCGUUGACGUGCUACCAGUGCAGCCUGUGCCCCUAUCUGUCGCCCACGCUGGCGCUGCUCAAGGAGCACCUGAAACAACACAACGAGCACAACCAGGACCUGAUCCUCAUGUGCUCGGAGUGCCGCUUCAGUUCCCGAGACCAAACGCAGUUGGAGGAGCACGUCAAGAUGCACGUGGAGAACGGCCCCGAAGCCAAGGAGGCGGAGGAUGGACUCGGGAGGGACGCCGAUCCGGUGGGCUCGGAGUGUGAUGGCGAUCAGAAGAAGAAGAAGAAAAAGUGGUACAUUUACGAGGAGUACGGCUUGUACCGCUGCCUGAUUUGCAGCUACGUGUGCAGCCAACAGCGGAUGCUCAAAACGCACGCCUGGAAGCACGCCGGCCUCCUUGACUGCUCCUACCCGGUUUUCGAAGAGGAGGAAGAAGAAGAGGAAGCCGUCGCGGCGCCCGCCAGUCGAGAGACAGAGUCCCAAAUCGUCAAACUGUGCACGCCGCUCUCCGACGAAGAAUCGAGCCCGUCUCGUGUCGCCGAGGGAGAAGAGGGUGAUUUCGUCAUCAAAGAAGUGAAUGCCGAGGAGUCGGCGAUGGAGGCGGAAGCAGCAACGCAGACGCUGGCAGAGACGGCGUCGGCGGCCGACAGCCUGCUGACGUCAGCACAGAAGAUUAUCAACAGCGACCACAACAGCGCGGGACACAUCAACGUGAUCGUGGAGCGCUUGCCGUCUGCCGAGGACGCCGUCAUGGCCGCCGCGCCGCUGCUGCUGGACCCGGAAGUCGACGACGGGCAGGAAGAAGCCGGCGACUCCCCUCGGGACGAGAACGUGCCACCGGCCGGACGAAAAAGGACUCACUCGGAGUCGCUUCGGCUUCACUCGUUGGCGGCGGAGGUUCUAGUCGCAAUGCCCAUGAGGACCGCCGAGCUCAAGGCGGAAGCGGUGUCCGCGGCAGAGCUAUGCCAGGAUGUGGACGAGGACCACAAGAACCCCGAGAGCCCCGCCGCCGUUGCACCCGCCGGAAUCAGCUCGUCGCUCCUCACCGUUAUCGAGCGUCUCCGCGAACGUUCGGACCAGAACGCGUCGGACGAGGACAUCCUCAAGGAGCUGCAGGACAACGCCAACGCAAUCCCGGAGGGCCCGGGCGCGCCGACCGACGGCGGCCUGGUGGACUACGUGGCCGGAAGCGAGCGGCCGUACCGUUGCCGCCUGUGCCGCUACAGCAGCGGCAACAAGGGCUACAUCAAGCAGCACUUGCGCGUGCACCGCCAGAAGCAGCCGUACCAGUGUCCCAUCUGUGAGCACAUCGCCGCCGACAGCAAGGACCUGGAGACUCACAUGAUCAACCACUGCAAGAGCAGGAUGUACCAGUGCAAAACGUGCGCGCACUCUUUUCACUACAAGGUGGGCGACGCUCUCAACUCCCCGAAUAGUCACCUGAGAAAUCACGAGCGCGAGCAGCACAGCGUAGCCGGUUCGGAAGCGUCGGCGCUCGCGGCCGUGGAUGAAAUGGCGACCGCUGCCGAGGAAGUCGAACCAGACGCCGGCCAGGAAGAUGAUCUUCAGAAGGCCUUCAAGUGCGACGUGUGCGACUACACCAGCGCUACGUACGUGGGCGUCCGCAACCACAGACGCAUACACAACUCAGACAAAACUUACCGGUGCCGCCUCUGCGACUUUACCACCACCAACAUGAGCAGCCUGAAAAGUCACAUCAGGAGACACCCUCGGGAGCAACAGGCCGUGCAGCUCUUAGAGCAGUACAGGUGUUCGCUGUGCGGCUACGUGUGCAGCCACCCGCCCUCCCUCAAGUCGCAUAUGUGGAAACACGCCGGAGAUCAGAAUUACAACUACGAGCAGGUCAACAGAGCCAUCAACGAGGCCAUCUCGCAGAGCGGCCGGUAAACGGGCCCCGCCUCCUCUCCCCCGACCUCCCGAGGGAGCUCGCCCGCGCCGCCGGUCCAGGUUCAGGUCCCGCCUACAGGUGGCGUGGAAUACUGCGUGCUCCUCUUCUGCUGCUGCAUCUGCGGCCUGGAGUCCACCAGUAAGGAACGCCUGAUGGAGCACAUGAAGGAGCACGAGGGCGACCUCAUCAGCAUCAUCCUCAAUAAUAACAAAGACCCGCUAGCGCACACGCAGGCGGCACAGUAA